AUGAUUCAUUUUGUAUUACUUAUUAGUCGACAAGGAAAAACGCGACUAGCCAAAUGGUACAUCCCCUUAUCUCAAAAAGAAAAGGCAAAAAUAAUAAGAGAAACAUCACAAAUAACUUUAAACAGGACUCCAAAACUUUGUAAUUUUGUGGAAUGGAGAGAAUAUAAACUUGUUUUUAAAAGGUAUGCAAGUUUAUUUUUUAUUGCUUGUAUAGAUAAAGGUGACAAUGAAUUAAUUACCUUAGAAAUUAUACAUCAUUAUGUAGAAAUAUUAGAUAAAUAUUUUGGCAAUGUGUGUGAACUUGAUUUAAUUUUUAAUUUUCAUAAGGCAUAUUAUUUAUUAGAUGAAAUAUUAGUAACUGGUGAAAUGCAAGAGAGUAGUAAAAAAACAAUCCUUCGUAUUGUCUCAGCUCAAGAUUCAUUAAUGGAAGAUAAUAAAACAACUAAAAAAUUAGGAGCCCUUAUAUAA